AUGCAAGUACAAAAGCAUAGCAGCGAGGCAAUCAAAGCACCCAAACGUGCUGACAAAAAAAAAAAAAAACCGUUCAAUUGCACACAUCUCAAAAGAAUCUCACAGCAGCACUUUCCAGAGCUCACCAGGGCAGCCCCAGACGCCGCCUGCAGCACCGCGCGGUGGGCGGCCGUUGGUGCGCGUGCUCCCGGCAGAGCCCGGGGCCGCCGGCGUUACCGGGGCCGCGGGCGCCGUUGCCACGACGACGGCUCGCAGACGCCGCACCAUCCGCAGUCGCGAGAGCUGCAGGCGGCCGGCUUAGAGCGGGCGGAGCCGCCGUCGGAACGCAGGGCUGCGGGUCGCGGCGCUGCCUUCGCUGUCCCGCCGAAGCUCGUCCUUCCCUGGCGCCGCUGCCAGAGGGCACCGGGGCCGCCUGCGGCGCGUGCUGCCAGAGGAGCGAGCGGCACGGCAGCGCGCGGCUUUAGCCUGGGUUUGCCAAACUGCGGGUGCGAAGCGGCCGUGGGCGCUGUGCCGCUGGCGUCAGCUCCCGGAGCUGCUGGCUCAGAAAUCCUUGUGAGGAUGAGAAGUGUUCUGCAGUACACCCCAUCAGCGGGAGCAUUGCGGUAGUACCCUGCCAGCUGAGGAGGAAAGGCUGAACGAGAAUGCUGAAUCCAGAACCGAUGGUAAAACUGCCAUGGUGCCUAAUAAAUCGAGAUUUUCAUCCUUUGAUUUGCAUUAGGAAAGGUCCUGUUUCUGUGCUGCCACACCUUUGUCUGGAAACAAGCAGGGUACAGAAGCAGGAGUUCAGAGUGGUUUGCACUGCACCAGAUCGGUGCUAGGGCAGGAGCAAGGAGAUCCUCCAAGUCCCUACGGACAGGAUUUGAUCAAGGCAAAACUUACAGGUCUUGGUUUCAUAGAAAAUGGAGGCACAGGAAAAAAAAUGCUGCUUAUAAGCAUAGUGGAAUUUUUUAUGUAAGUCACCAUCUUGGUGCAUUAUCUUUAGCCAUAGUGAUGCCACACAACAGCUAUGUAGAGAAAGCCUGGUUUGCCUUAACAAAUAUAAACUUAGGAAUUGGAUCUGACUUGAAGUUUCUUCUGCUUUCUUUAAAGAAAGUCCACUUAAGGAACAAGAGAGCUGCUCCUAUGUAAACAUAGACAAGCUUUCAUUGAGCUGGAGAAUGCUUCUGCAGCCCACUCUCAUGUUGUUGUCCCUAAAGAAAGCAACCACAAGAACAUGUCUCCGAGCACUCUUUGCUCCCUUUCGUUGGCUCAGCAGCUUAAACUCAGGCAUGGCACACAGAUAACUUCUGGCUGCUUCCUGCUGCUCCUGCUCUGUGGCCUUCUGGGGCUGGGGAGGUAUCAGCACCUGCACCUGGAGUUCUGUAGGUUUCCACAGGAUGUGCUUUGCUUUGUGUCCCUGAACUGUCCUUGAAUUAUGAAUUACUGAAAAUUGCACUAAUUUUAUGGUCGCAGUUUGAUAAUUAAGGACCUUGUUAUAACUCAUUUAGAAGUCCUGCUAAUAUCCCUACUUUGGCACAAAGAAUGUUGCAGCAAAUAAAAUAAGUCACAGUUUUUGAAGAGAUAAAAGCGUUCUAAGUUUAAAUGCAAUG